GGAACCAUGGUGUGCUGCAAAAUGUGACGAGAUGAUAAAAACGUGAUGCAGUCCUGACAUGACACAAUGUCUCUGUGUACUUCUGGAGCAGCUACACAGAAAUGGUGGCAUUUCAAAGAUGUUUUUAAAGCAAAACUCGAUCAUUUAUUAAUCAAAGAAACGUUGCAAAAGAGAAUUCAUUAUGGUGCAAAAUGUUCCUCCAAGUUAGCCCCACAGCAUCAGCAUAAUGUCUGAUGCUGGUGGUGGAAAGCACAGAGGAGACCAGAACAAACGUAUCUGCAUCAAAGACCCUCCUAACCUGAAUUCACUCCUCAUCUCUCGUUACCGCUGAGCAAAGCGCCGCAGCCAGCCUCCAGCUGUUUACAGCAAUCUUCGGCCACGUGUCUCUUGCAACUGAGAAACGAUGCUCAAGAACUAUUUUUGUUGGUUUAUUCCAUUUUGCUUUGGAGAAAUAAUUUAACCUCCGGUGCAUCCGCUCAGGGUUCCUCUGACCGGUGAGGAAAUUCUUAAUGAAGAGGACAAGAAAGAGAGAAAGUCCCACCACUCCUCCCUCCUACUCCUGCCACUUAGAUGAGGUCAUCAAACACCAACCUGCUUCGUAUAAUGAUGACGUAAGAGCCAGAGGCUUGUGUGUGGAUGCCCGGUCUCUGGAGACCGCUCAGCGGGCAGCAGAGGAAGACUUCAUGAUGAUUUAAGAGCGAUAACACCCUCAACAGACCGGUGGUAAAGGCUGGAUGGGGAGAGCGAGAGGAAAUAGACAGGAAGUGUCGACAGCAUCAGAGAGAAGAGGACAGGAGAUGAGCCAAGCCCGAUAUGCUGCGCCUUUAAAGCCUCAAGCCCCUCCUCCGCAGAGCUGGGCAGAGGAGCUGAGCAGUGCUGGUAGGAGCCUGAGCUCCACGAUAAACUCUGGCAUCAGUUUCUCUUCAUCCAGCAGUCAGUGAGGACUCGGAGAGGGCGCAGGGGCAGAGAGCCGGGGACGGAGGGAGAGUGACAGAAAGAAGGAGGGGGUGGGAGGACAGGGAGACAACACAAAGCCCACAGACAAAGAGGGAGAGGCUGUCAAAAGAAUAACCGCUCCUUUUUCACCUCAGCCGCUCAGUGCUGCCUCCAGACGCGGGUGAGUGCUGACUGGAUGACAGGUGGCGUGUUUUCGGCAGCUCAGAAUAAUGCCAGCAGCUGCAUCACCAUCCGAAGCAGGAGUUCUCCUCACCGCUCAGGCUCUUAGUCAUCUUCAGCCUCCUCUCUCCCUUUUUCAGAGUGCUAUCAGGGCCAUUCAUCGCUCCCAUCUCGUGCCCCCUGCCUCGUCCUCCUCCUCCACAGCUUCAUCCUCCACUUCUACUCCUCCUCUGAUGAGCCACAACCUCAGAGUGAAAUAACCCUGCUGAUAGAAGCUUCUCUCUCUGUCAAGACAAAGGACCUGAGGAGAACCGGCUGGUUGAGUGGAGGUCCAGUGAUCGUGCUGUGCCUGGACGGUGAGUUCUGGGCAUAGCAACAGCGUAGAGAAGGUGCCAUGUGUGAUUGGCCAGCACACCCCUUGGCAGUGGCAUCGCCCUGGAUUUGGCAAGAAGCUGUCCCUCCCGCUUGUACUCCGAGGCUCCGCUGGGAAGCUUUCAUGGGAUUUAUCUGCUGCUGCUGGAUGUCACGGAGUGCUUUGCCUCUCUGAAGAGAGUCCACAGAGAGAACACACACUACAAGGAUAAGAAGUAAAAUAAUUAUCCAAUCACAGCACAAGCUGGCAGACUGGGUUCCCUUAGCAACAACUGGAGGAGACGAGAGCAUCCUUUUCCUUUCUGCUCCCUGGUUUUGGGGCACACCCCUGUGGGCGGCCUGUUGGCCACUCUGGCUUUUUAAUGAUUGUGUUUUCUGCACGAGAGGACUUAAGGGAAGGAUGCUGCGUGAGACAAGCUGCCACCCAAAUUUCAGGGGACGCUGCUCGUGUGCUCUCCACCCCUCCGGUGGCUGCGUUUCUCUGGCACCAUAAUUGUUUUGUGAUCCUUCCACAAAUUGUCACCACAAGUCACGUUCUGCCGGCUUGGAAACGGUUUCGGCCUAAUCCCACAUCACCUGGAAGCUCCACGUUUUGGGGGGAUAUCGGAUGCUCCUAACUGCGUCCGUUUCACCGAGGGAGGAAAGACGAAGACGAGCUGUUGGGUCAUUAACCGCAAGGAAAAUGGAUCUGAGGCAAAGUUGAUUUUGAAGCGACCUUUUAACGUGAACCUUUCUGCUUCCAGGGGAAGGAAACGCACGCCGGCACAGAGGAAUAUUCCGUCUGAAGCGGCGUCUGUCCCUGCUGUCUCUGCAGACUGUAGCCCGCUCUGAAGGACUAUAUUUAGAAGGCAAGUCUUGUCCCCGCCGGCCACCAGGAGCACCGAAAGAGAUCAUUUAGAAAAUUGAGCCGCUGCUGGGAGUUUCUAUUUUCUGUUUCCCUCAUCCAGCGAACGGCUGAUGUAACUUCCUCUAGACGAGAGUAAAUCCCUUUCCUUCUUGUGUAUCGGCCACCAAUGAGGUCACGCUUUCACAGGUGACAGAUAACACAGAACCAGAGGAGGAAGGGAGCGGCGGUGUUUGGGAACACACGGACACAUGACAAGCGUUGGCUCGACACAAUUAUGUAAGAGAUUCCCAACAGUCCCUGUGUUUUCCCUCUUUUCCAUGGAUUUAACACCUUGGACUUUUCUCACGUUCAUUUUCUCUGUUUUUGGACGUGGCAACCAGACAGCAUGGAUGUCAGAGUGUGACCCUGUGCCGAGUGUGCGGGAGAGGCAAGGUGCUUUGGCUGUCCGGGUGCUUUUAAGAUGUUGAGGUCUCCCUGCGUGGCCGGGGCCCCUGUUCGGAUCAGUAGCACUGAGGCUCCUCGUAGCCAAAGACAUGGACCCCGACUCGGCUCCCCCACGCCCUCAGCCUGCUGGCCACCGGCCCCACGUCGCCUUGUAAAGGAUGUCCCUCAGCAGAGCUCCAGCCCGGGACACCUCUGAGACCCCCAGCCCGAGAGAACGCAUCCGCAGCCACAUGAAGAUGGUGAUCGACCAGCUGGAAGGCAUUCUCAAGGAGCUCAAGGAUGUGGCCAAGGAACUGCGGGAGGUGGUGGGUCAAAUCGAUAAACUAACGUCUGACUUUGACUUUGACCUGGAGCCAGAUGACUGGACGGUGGCCACGGCCAGCAGCACGUCCAGCAGCGAGCGGGGUCUGGGUGAAGCCUUCAGACUGGACUUCCUCAAUGCAGACGUGCUCUCGGACAGCUGGGAGUUCUGCAGCUACCUAGAGGCUGCAGGUGCUGCCGCCCGCCGGUGUAGUGAGCAAUCAGGGGACCUAAGACAGGACAUGGGCCGUGAGACCACCCAGACCCAGACGCCCACCCCACCCCCCAGCACUGCCUCAGUCUACUCUCAGAUGAACGGUGGGCUUCCCUUCCACAACGGGCCACGCAUCAUUACUCCAGAUUCAUCCAGCGAGGAGGCCAGCAGCUCGACGCACAGCCAAAAGACCUCCCGCACUUCUGGCACAAGAGAAAGGGUUCGCUUCAGUGACAAAAUCCUGUACCAUGCGUUGUGCUGCGACGACGACGAGGAGGAGGAGCAGGAGGAGUUACGAGAGGACAAGAGUGGCUGUGCUACUCCAGAUAGCGACUCUGAGCCCAGCCUCCUGGGAAGCUUGGUUGCCCCCAAACGUUCUUCCUACGAGCACUCGCUCCUCCACAACUGUCUGGACCCUCCCUACGGGUCCUCGCCCGUGAAGGGGAUGACAGGAGCUCACACACUACCCAGGAAAGGUCUCUUAAAUCCCGGCUGCAGCAAAAAACUCUUAAGAAACAGCAGCACACAGACCGUCUCGGACAAGAGCACUCAGACUGUACUGCCCUAUAUCCCAACCAAACAGAAAACCAAGGACCACUGAGGAAGCCUGACGUUUCUCAUUCAUCUCCUGAAGAGAACUGUGCAUUAUUUAAUAUUAAAUACAUAGCUCAUAGAUUAAUACACAAAUAAAUGAAUUACUAAAUAAAUAAAUGAUAUAUGGGAAA